AUGUCUCUCAAGGAGGCCUACCAUCUGGCACACACAGCUCAAUGUCGACUAAAUAUCGAAGCCAGCCGACCAGAUCGCAACCUUCGAUUUGUCGUUGGCCACCUGAUGCAUUAUGAGUCGUUGAGACUCCGGAUCGUCAAAAUUGAACACGACAUCCACGAGGACCGCCGCAGGAAAUCGGCAAACAUUGAUCACACAUUCCAACACAAACCUUCUGCCGGCCAAACAAUACAGGAACCUUCACACUUGCAAGAAACCUACUUGGAAUCCGAACUCGACGAAUACGAAGAGCUCAUCGACGACGAAGACGCAGGUGAUGACCUAUCACUAUCCCGCUUCCCUUCAGGCGCAUCAAGACCUCAACCGCCAGAACUCGACUCGGACGAUUCCUCAGACGAUGAUUACGAUGAAGACUUCUUGAUUGAUUAUUCUGCGGGAUCUCCAGAUCAUGAUUGCCUGGAGCGAGCUGUCAAGGGCAAGGAGAGCGACCUGGUAGCGUCAAUGUAUGAAAAUGUCAGGAGCUGUUCCUGUCAUGAAGAAUCAGAUGCCCCGGCGUUUGAGAGAAUGUGGGAGUUGCCGAAUGGAGAUUCGCAUUCGAAGGACAGAGUGACCAGGGCUGUUGGACAAGUCAGCGAGCGAAUACCGGAACCUCAAAAAGCGUGCACUUCGACAACAGAUUUGGUCACUAGCAUUCCGAUCGCUGCAGUUGCGUGA